UGCCGUUCAAUUUUCCAGACGAACUCUCUGAGAUCCACUUUUUCCAUAAAGUUAGGUCCAAAUCAACAAAUUCCUUUGAUUAGGCCCUUUGGUUUGUUUUUCUCUUCAAUUUCGACAUGAUUUCACAGUUAAAUGAAUGUAGUUUAUGUGCCUACAAUGUACGUUUUGUGUAUGGCUUCGCAAUGAAUCUCAAGUGCUUCAAGCAACAAUGACCUCAUGAACAAAGUUCCUGCUAAGAUGGGUGGUGGUCAGGUUUGCUUGAAAUGGAAUAGUUUCCAUUCAAGUUUGACAUCUGGGUUCAAGACACUUUGGGAAGAGAACGGCCUUGUUGAUGUGACAUUGGCAAGUGAUGGGCAAUGCAUCCAAGCCCACAAGUUAAUACUCUCAGCCUGUAGUCCAUUCUUUCGUGAAGUGUUCAAGAGCAAUCCCUGUCAACAUCCUGUGAUUAUCCUCCAAGAUACUCACUUUUCAGAGCUAGAAAGUCUUUUAUGUUUUGUUUAUAAAGGUGAGGUGAAUAUUGACGAAGAGAAUUUGCCAGCAUUAUUGAGAGCAGCAGAAACACUACAAAUAAGGGGACUAGCAGGCGCAUCAGAGCAAGUUCAAAAUGAGUUGGGUAGUAUUACAUCUGAAAUUGAAGAAGUGCCUGUAGAUGAAUCAUCGCCUCCCUCUAAGCGUAGCAAGGAAUCUCCCCCCUCCAAACCAUGGCAACCUCACUAUUCAAGGACCAAGAAACGUUCCGGCAGUAGAAAUAGUGCAAGAAAUGCUCCAAUCUCAGUUGAGACAGUGCUGGAAACAACUCUUGCUCACUCUCCUGAUAGAGUUCCUAAACUGGAGCCUAUGGACCAUGAUUUGGAAAUAGACGGAGACGCUACACCGAGCCUAUUAGAUGCGGUAGAUGAAGACAGCAACACAGCAUUAUUCCUUGGACCGGUUAUGGAGAUGAAAAUAUCUCAUGAUAGAGUUUCUGCAUCCGAUACUGGCCAAAGCAAUGGUACUGAUGCUGAAGAAAAUUCUGAGGCUGGUGACGAUGCAGGAAUAAAAUUGGCAUCUGGCCAGUUACCUUUCCAAAAGUUGCCUUAUGCCGAUCUCCUACCAGAAGCAGAAGUUCUCGCUGUUUGGUCAAAAAGCCGCACUCCAGAACAGCUAGCAUGUGAUUUGAUGAAAGUUUUGUUUUCUGUGGAAGAACGUUUACUGUGCAAUGUAAAUGGGAAGCUUGGUAAACAACAGUUUAAUGUUCACAAAGUCCAAUUAAUUAGGGAAGUGUUAAGCUUUUUCACUAGCCUUAAACCUGCAGAGUUUGAAGAGCAAUGGAAGUAUUGUAUAACAAAAAUAGACACAGCCAAUCGAGGUUUGAAAAGAAAUAUGGUCAUUCGAGGGCGAAAGACAAUGUAUCUUUUAUGAAGUUAUUUAAAUGAUAUAUUAGCUACCCAUGUUGCAACAUUAUACCUUGCAUUUAAUGAAGGUAAACAAAAUUUCCAAACUUCCAUUGUAUUACUUACCUUAAAAAAGAAUUUGUUGUUUGGUCAAAUUUUGGGUGCAAUACUUAAAACCAACCUGAUUUAAAAGUAUGAAAUUCUCUUACCAUCUACAAAACUAACUAUAGCUUUUUUGGUUUGUAAACUAUUUGUGUUUUCUAAUGUACAAAAAUCUAAGGUUAAGUAUUCAUGACCACUUAGCCGGUUCUCUUUAUCAGAUGUUCAUUUCUGGUUUCUUUUUGUUUAAACAUUCCAGUGCAGUACUUGGUUUGUAUACUUUGUAUGUUAAUUUUGAUGUGGUAUGCAUUCACUCCCUCUUCUUGUCUAUGUUCAUUCCCAUGGUGAUAAAUUUUUUAUGUAGCUUUGCUACAGGAGUCAUGUGAGCUUACCUUUAAUCUUUUAGGGCUAUUAGAUGCUGUAGUUCCUCCUGAUUGGACCUUUGUGUGGUCUCAAUGUUACUAGAUUUGAUUUAUCAUACAGGGUGUCUAGCUUAAAUUUUAAUUUUCUUUUCCCUAAAGUGUAUGUGCCUUUUAUUUUCCAUUGCCUAGAGGGUAGUUCUAAAUAUACUUUAAACUAGAGUACAUGAAUGCCUCCUGUUUCCCCUUUUUGUGUUUUCGUGCGUGUCACAGUGAAGUGACGCACAUAACAAACAUUGACACCCAGGCACCUUGGACAAAUCAUGGGUUUUGUCAGGGCAUGUGUCCCUCUGGACAGUGUUCUUUGGCUGUGUUUCUUGCAAUAUAUGUUGUACAUUUUGGGUAGCAUCACAGAUGGGCCUAGUGUUAUCAUUGACUGAGCUUAGUUGUACAAAAUGAGAUUUCUGUUUACAGCAAGUAGCCUUUAUGUUUUUUCAUAAUUGUUAGGAAAACAUAGACACUGUUGAAUUUUUAUAUUUUAGGUAAUUAGAAUAUAGAAAUAUAUAAUCUUGUUGCAUGAGGCCGAUAAUGUACAUGUUCCUAGAAUGUUGUAAAUAUGUUAGCCAGUUAGUCAACAAUUGUUGAAUGGCCACAAAUUUAUAUAUAUUUUGAUAUUUGUAUAGUAGUAAAUAACCAACCCAUUUAUGUUGUAAUACCUAGUAGUAAAAUAUUUACAACUUUUACCUGCCUCUAGAAUUAGUGAUGUACCAUUCCUGUAAAGUGUUGAUAAAGUGUUCAUUCCAAUGUAUGCCUGUUUCUUUUUUGUUUGUUAGUAAAGCAACAUAUAUGUUGUGGCUGUUUAGUGUUCCUAUGGUUUCAAACAUUCCUUUCGAGAAAAUUUUGGUGAAUACUUAAUUAUGUUACUCUCUAGCUUGAAAGAGUGAUUUGUACAUCGCUGGGGCAUGUUUCUAUGUUGCAAUAGCACAUAGUUCUUUUCUGUUGUUGUUUUUAUUUUUUCACAUUUGCUGCAUAGCAUCACUUAACUUUAUGACUAUUGAUAAUGUUAAAAGAAGUGUCCUGCAUUAUUUUUAUCUCAUUGGAAGUUUGUCAGUGAAUUGGAUGUGAGUAGUUGUUACCUUGCUUUAGAAUGUAGUUACAUAGGGACCUGUUUCAUUUUAUCCAGCAUAUGUGAUUUAACUGCUGCUGUUCCUGUUAUAUUUUAUAAUCAAGACUUGGAUGAGCUGGUUUGGGCAUGUGCAGUGACUAUGUGAUAGAAUGAAAAAAUAUUGCCAUAUUGAAUCGUAAUAGUAUUGCCUCUUCACUAUAACAUUUAAAAUGGUAAAGCUUUCGACUUGUUGCCUGAAGUAAAGUGGGGAGUUCUCUUCAGAGUUUUACUUGUCUUGUUUUGUUUUAAGUGUAGAGUGUUAUCAUUUUGUGCCUUUAUUUAAUUAUUUUGUGACCUUUUGUUUCUCUUUACUGGCAUCUGGCUAUGAUUCCUGUAUUUCACGUUUUGAUUUCCAAUGUGUGACAUUUUAAACUCUUGCCAUGGUAGAUUGAUAAGAACAGCUUAUAAGUAAACUCCAAUUUUCUGAUUAAGUGCUACAAUUGCCAUUAAACUUCAUAAAGGUUGCCAUGAAAUAUGGUUUGCCAUUGUCAAUACCACCAUUUUUUGCAUCAUACUUCAUAUGCUGCAAGAUAGUAAGAAUAGACACCACCAUUAACGAAAGUUCAAGAUGUAGUUCCUUUGUCACUAAGUGCCACCCUAUUUUUAUUUUUCUUUGUUUAGGUACAUUGUCUGUAAAUCAUACAUCUAAUUGCAUCACAUGCUGUAUUGAGUCUUGUCUUUUGUUUCAAGUAUCUCUUUCUGUCCUAAAAUGUUUGUUUUGUUUCAGUUACCACAGAUCCCUUUGGUAAUUUCUUUUCUUUUGGUAAUAAGAUGAAAGAAACAGGGAUUUUUGUUGUUGAGUUCUUUCUGUUAUUGUUUAUCUUUAUCACAAUAAGCUGAAGUUCCAUAAAUUCCUUCAGGUUUAUUAUUCCUUCUCAAUCAGGCCAAGUUGUGAAGUUAAAUUCUUCACCUCUUUGGCUUGAUCAUAGGUAUGGUUGUGAAUAUUAAUACUAAACAUGGACACUGUUCAGAUAUGAUUCUUUUUAUCUUUAAGUUCUCUACUUCUUCAACUCAGAUCCAUUUACUGUUUAGAUGUCAAGAUCAAAACAUGUUAAUUACCAUACACUGACUGCUGCAGUUUACAGGAUUGUAAUGAGGAUUCCAGAAACACUGUUGUUGGUUGUCGCAUGCUUACAGUGUGACAAAUGAAGCAGAAUGCUUGUGAUCAUUUGUCAAAGUUGUGACAGCUGAUUCGUAUUGCAUGUGAAGAUCACUUGUAGUUUUGUGAUGUCGUACAUUCCGCCUUUAUGAUUUAUUGAAUUGAGUAGUACUUUCAAAACUUUACUUUUUGUUGUGUAGGUCUUAAUUUCUGCACCUGAUUUCCUUGACAGCAGAUAUGUUGUCUUUCUUAUCACAUUCCUUAUUUUUUGAAAGAAAUGUUAUCUUUUCAUUAUUUGUUGACUAGAUUUUGGGAAAUUUUUAUGUUCUUUAUGGGCAAAGAUCCAAGAUUGAAUGCCCAUCAAAGGCUGUGUGCUUCUGUUUUAUUUGUUGUUCUACUUCUGUUUGUUUUAGUUUUCCUCUUUUCUUUUGUUUUUGUUUUGUUUGUUUCAUUGUAAUAGUGCUUUGGCCUGUGCUUUUCCAUUUCUAUUUCUUAGGUUCCUUAAAAACUUUCAAGUGCCAUUUGGAUUAUUUAUCUCAAUAUGGUUCAGCAACUCAUGGUUUAAUGCUCAUGAAGCCUGCUCUCGUGCCCUCUUAAAUCUGACAUUCAUUAUGCUCGGGAAAAUUUGCUGUAAGCUGUAAGAAUGCAGAGAACAACUAGGAGAGACCUAAGAGAAUCCUCUUGGAAAGGGAACUAAGCAGGGUACUUUUAGACUUUCUGUUUCUACUUGAAAACCUGUUGUAGUUUCAACCAACAGGAUUGUUUUAAAAUUAUACUUUAAAGAAUUUGUGUUACUGGCAGUGUCAUAUAAAAGGACUUACAAAAGAACCCACCAACUUAACACAACUGUUGUUAUAAGUGCCUGAGGCCUCUUUAUUUGUGUCUCUACAUGUACAAAUGAUAAUGCAUUCUCUCUAAGAGUGUGAAGCUUUAAGCCAUCAAAAGUUAUGCAUUGCCUUUAAAAUCACUUCCCCACCGCUUAAAAAAAAAAAAAUCCGGUUCUUGAUGUUUUUUGGAAUAAUUUAUUUUUCUUCUAUUGUUAGUGUGGGGUCUGUUGUUCAUAAUGGUGUAUCCAUGUGCUUUUCUGAUUUGUAUUACACAAAGGAAUAAGGGAAAUACACUAAGAUUUUAAAGAAA